AUGCUUGGGCAAAUGGGGUCUUACACUCGACCAUCGGCCGACGAAGGCGACGUCCUCGACCUCUAUCUUCAUGGUUACGUCUCCUCGCGAAUGAUGAAUACGUCCCGCGGUAGUGGCGCAUCAGACGGCAUGCCAGUCUGCGUUGCUGCCAGCCACCUUGAUGGUCUCGUCAUGGCCUUGACUCCCAACUCUCACAGCUACAACUAUCGCUCCUCUGUGCUCUUUGGCCAUGCUAAAGUGGUGGAAGAUCCAACCGAACGUCUGUACGCCAUGGAACUCAUUACUAACGGCGUCAUCCCCGGAUCUUGGUCCAACACAAGAGUGCCCCCAAACAAGGCCGAGCUGUCAUCUACCAGUGUGCUCAAAGUCACCAUCGAGACCGGAAGUGCCAAGGUGAGGUUCGGGCCACCUGGAGACGAGAAACAUGAUAGAGAUGACGCAGAGGUUGUCAACAAAGUCUGGACUGGCGUCGUGCCUGUGUAUAGAACAAUGGGUGAGCCUGUGUCUGGGCCCUACAAUAUUGUAGACCCUCCGUCGUACAUCACCGACUUUAUCAAAAGUGUCAAUUCAGAGACGCGAGAAUUUGCUGAAUCGGCGGCAGCCCGUGUUCCGGUCAAGAGAGGCGGGCCCGGAGAAGCAUGA